AUGCUACAUCAAUUUUAGGAGUUGGAAAAGCUAGGUUCAGGGUCGUUCAGUGAGGUUUGGAAGGUAUUUAAGAUUAUGUAAAUAGGUAACAAGGAGAGCUGACCAUCAAGUUUAUGCAAUGAAGAAAAUAAAAAUGGGAACUCUUAAUGAGAAAGAGAAAUAGAAUGCUCUAAAUGAAAUUAGACUAUUAGCUUCUUUGAAUCAAGAGUUUAUUAUAGGAUAUAAAGAGGCUUUUUAUAUUGAUGGUAUUGUUCUUAUGCAUAUUAAAGAAACUUAAACUUUGGGUAUUAUAAUGGAAUAUGCUGAUGGAGGAGAUGUUGCAAAAUAAAUUACAAAUAAAAAGAACAAGAAUUAAAAGUUUUAAGAAUAAGAUAUUUGGUAAGCCCUGAUAUAGAUAACACAGGGUUUGAAAGAAUUACAUGAAAAAUUGAUAUUUCAUAGAGAUGUUAAAUCUGCCAACAUUUUUAUCUAAAAUGGAAUCUAUAAAUUAGGAGAUUUAAAUGUUUCAAAAAUAGCCUAAAGAGGUCUAUUAUACACUUAGACAGGCACUCCAUGUAAUUUUAGUUAAAGUAAAUUGAGACUAUGCAUCACCUGAAAUUUGGAGAGAUGAACCAUAUGACAAUAAAUCUGAUAUCUGGUCCUUAGGGUGUGUUUUAUAUGAAAUGUGCAAUUUACAUCCUCCGUUUCAAGCAUUAGAUAUGGAAGGUCUGUAUAAAAAGAUCCAAAAAGGAAUGUACCCUCCUAUAAAUGGGUAUAGUAAUUAAUUAGUUUAAUUAAUUGGUUAAAUGUUGAGGCUUAAUGCUUCAGCUAGACCUAGUUGUGAUUAGAUUAUAAAUAGUAAUUUAAUGAAUUCUGAUUUUAGUAGAUUGUACAUCAAAACACCCUCUAUAGCUAUUAAUAAAAGAAUGAUGAAAACUAUUUAACUUCCUAAAAAUCUUAGUACACUUAAUGAUAUAUUACCAACAAAGAAGUAUUAUAAUGAAAAUAAAGAAAAUGAUAAUGAAUCAGUUAGAUAUAGUGUUUAAUCUUCAAAAUUAAUGCCAUUAAAUAGAAAAUCAGUUAAUAAUUCUUGUAUUGAAUAUGAGAAGAGAUUCUAUAGAAUUGCCUCAGUUCAUGAAGAAAUAUUACCAACUCUGCCAUCUGAAUAUAGAUAACCAAAAGUUGUAACAAGAAGAAGACCAAGUAGUUAAUAUAAAGAAGAGGAAAUAAAUUUAGAAAGAAGAGCUGAAGCAAUUGUCUCAAGAAAAUAGUUACAAAAAUAAUUAUCUGAAUAACACCCAUUACCAAAACCUAUAUUAAAGAAAUAAAUGAGUAAUCUACCUUAUUUAUACAGAAAUGUCAAUGAUUCAGAAAGAUAAGAAAAUAAUAAAUCCAAAUAUCAUUAAUCUCCUAAUAAUUAUGCUCGUAGGAAUAUUAGAAAAUAAAUAACAUCAUAAUAAUGA